GCCGAAGAGGCGCUGAAAACCGCGGAAACGGCGCUGCGUAGUGCGACGAAACGCCUGGAGCAUGCGGUUUUGAUGCACAGGCAGACGGAACGGUCGCUGGAGCGGCUGAAAAAGGAGGUUUCCGGAGACAAAAUCGCGUUUUCGCGGGUUCUUUCGGCGGCGAUCCAGGCCUCCGACGUCUCCGAUUGGGCCGUGAAAACCGCGGAAAGCGUCGCGCAGAACGGGUCGGCCACGCGGGCGGAGAUAACCGCGGCCAAUCGCGAAGCGGCGCGUGCGACGGAGCGAACCGCGUCGCUGAGUCUUCGCGCGGCCAAAUUGGCGGCAAAACUGGUGGAGAGCGAGUCGAGCGCGAUCCAGGCGGUUUCGGAGCGAAACGCCCAGGAAGUUUCGAAGCGGAUGGAGCGGGAAGGGGAGUUACAUCGGCUGCGGCAGCGGCGAAGCGAAGCGAAACGCCUGUCGGACGAUCUGGCGAAAUGGGCGGCGGUGAAGAAGGCGAGCGCGGACGCGUUUGCCGCCAAAUGCAAAGGUGGAAACGAGGAAACCGAGAAGGAGUCGUCGGAGGCGGUGGAAACGGUGGAAAUCGAGGAUUUGGCGGGUAGCUUCGACGUUGACAAUCUUCGGCAGCUGAUCCAGAACUACCGCGCGGGCGAAGAAGAGGAGGAAACCCCCGCGACGGUAGGCGAGGGAGGGCGGCGUGAAGCGUAG